AUGUCUAGUAUAGAUAAAUAUUUGAGUGCAGCAGCAAAGGUUUUGGUUGACGAUAAGUUUGCCAAUUUCAUAGAAAAAUCAGUAUCAGCUCAGAGUGGAUUGGUUGCAAAUUUUUUCAAUGGAUCUGAGAAACCAGGUGACCAAUUACCAUUCAUUUUUGCAAACUUUUUAUCGGGCGCAAUUGCGGCAGUCCCAGUGUAUGGAUCUGCAUUAUCUGCUGUUUCUUUGCUCAUCUUCAAGUUGGUGAUUGACAAUCCGGACCCUGCUGAACAACAGAAAAAGUUAAUUGCAGAUAUGAUUGGUCAAGCAAUGCAAAAGGAUGCAAUGGAAGAAGCUAUGAACGUCUAUAAAGGAAUGGUUGCUCAUAUCCAAGAUAAAGCCGAUGCUGAAGCUGUAAUUUUGAAAGGAGACCAACCAGAUUGGAUUACAAUGAGAAUGAAAAUCGAGAAUGUAUUCAGUCAUUUCUUGUUUUCCUCAUCGAUUAUUCUCAAGGAGAACUAUGAAGUUGUCAAUCUUCCUAUAUAUGCUCAAUUUUCUGCGCUUCAUUUGACAUUCAUUUAUGAUGUCAUUCAAAGAGCAUCGUACUUUGGUAUUUCAGAUCUACUUAAAAUACAUUAUUGUAAUACAUUCAAGAAAUACAAAAAAUUGUAUUUGGAUAAUAUUUUUAGAAUCUACAACAAAGGUCAAGAAGAGGUGAUGAAGAAAUUCCCAGAAAAACCAUUGGCUAAAUACAACUACCAUUCAACAUUCAACAAGUAUCAGGAAUAUAGAAAUACAAUCAUGUUGGAUGUCUACCAAUAUAUGCAUAUAUUCGCAAUUCUAAACAUUGACAGACUUGCAUUGUUUGAUAAUGGAUUCAACUAUGUCAAUCCACGACCAAUCUUCUCCAAGAUGAUUGCCAAGACAGUUCCUCCACUCAAGACCAAAGUUGUCAAACAGGGAGCCACUCCAGUUAAAGUGGUGAAUCCAGAGGCAAUGGUAUCUUUCAGAAUGCCACUCGAUACAAUCCUCAAAAAGUUAGAUGAACAGAAAGGAUCAUUCUAUUUCCAAGAGAUAUGGCGUGUUUGGGUCACAGCCAAUGAAGAGCGAAUCAACAGUCUUCAAUGUCAAUAUUACAAAUCACCACUCUCAGCUGCACCAUUCACAGAUAUCAUUGGUGAAACAAAUGGUGUACUCCAAGAUCUUCUUGGACCAUUGACAAACCAACUCAUUUUCAAUAUCAGAGAUGAAGAUGAUGAUGAUAGAAUGAAAUUCAUUGGAUUAUAUUCUGACAAGAGAGUGGGUGCAACCAAAUAUUUGGAUAAAACACCAACUUUCGACAAAGUAACCUUUAAGAACCACAAGAUUUCACAAGUCAUCGGAAUUGAUAGAACUUCAUUCCGUACCAAGCCAACAGAAACUGACCCAGGUAUUUAUGGUUUGGUUGUUGCAUUUGUUCCAGAAUCGCUUGAACCAAACUUUUUGGAUCCAACUAAACUCAAUAUUAUGUCACCAAUGUGUUUGGAUCAACCAAUAGAAAAAAACUUUGCCCUUCAAAAGAAUUAUAAUAAUGUUCUUGGUAUAGAUGCAUUGUUAUUGAAAACAAACGGAGAGGUGGUUUUCGAUUAUAAAUGCAAGAAACCAACUCUGUUCAUUAUUUACAUUGAUGUGGUAGCACCUGUUGAUGCAACUAUAUCAUUCUGGAAAUUAGGUGAAAAAGCAGUUAAUUAUGAUAUUGUCAAAGGUGGUGAACUUCGCCAAGUUUCCAACCAGACUAUCCAAGAAAACACACAGAAAUUCCACUUGAAAGUAAUCAAAGGUCAAAUUAUUUUGAAAUCAAUCUAUCUUGCACCAGUAAAACCACCCAAAGCCAAUUAA